AUGCCCAUGGAACAUAUCACGAUACCAUCACCCCAGUCAACCACUGCGACUGCAAAGCCUCCUGCAAACCCUUUUGCAAAGAGACGUACGGUCAUUAUUUCAUCGGAUGAGGAAGAUGGAGUGGAUGGCCAAUUUAAGGACUCUGACGAUGAGGUCCAAGUUCUAGCCAGCAAUGUGGGUGGCGGGUAUAAGACUCCAGUUCGACAAAAUCACGGCCCACUUUUACAACGACUUGACGACAUGUUCAACCAGACAAAUCCCCCUUCGCAACCUACAGGUUCAGUUAGACCUCAAGCCACUCCAAUACAUGUCCCCAGCAAUAGAGAUCUCCCCCAACCUAACUUUAUAAGACGACCUAUCUUCCCGGGCCCUCCUCCACCAAAGAUGACUGACGGUGAAGAAAUCAAAAUCCCAGAUUUCCGCGACGACAAUCCUUAUAUGAUUCCUGCCGACGCUGAGAAGGCUCUUCGAGAACUCAUGAGCGGUGGCAUGAAUCAGGAACUCGAUGAUGACAUUGAGGUCGACAUGGAACAGGCAACGGUCCCCGGAUUCAAUGAAGGAUUUAAACUUUUACCCCAUCAAAUCAUUGGCCGAGCUUGGAUGCGGGAUCGAGAGGAUCCGGCUAAAAAGCGCACUGGAGGUAUUCUCGCAGAUGAUAUGGGGGAUAUUCAUGAAAACAGUCUGGGAAAGACCAUUCAAACUUUGACACGAAUUGUUGAAGGUCGAGCCAAAAAGUCUGAUAAAGCAGACUGGAGUGCUGCCAACUUGGUCGUUUGCCCCCUCGCCCUGGUUGGCCAGUGGGCAGAUGAAAUUGAGAGGAUGACCAGUUUCAAGGUUCUCAAGCAUCAGGGAACCACUCGCACAACAGAUCCUAAUGUUUUCAACAAAUAUCAUGUUGUUGUAACGACAUACGACACUGUCAAAUCCGAGUAUAUGUCUUACAACCCUCCCGCCAAAGACGAGUCUAAGUCUAGCUCCAAAUCAGCAUCCAAGAAAUCAACGCCAGAUAAUUCUGAAGACGAUUCUGACGAAGACUCCUUUGGAAGAACUAUAAAGAAGAAGGUGCCUGCUGGCAAAUCCAAAGCUCCGGUGAAGAAGUGUGCGCUCUUUGCAACUAAGUGGUGGAGGAUUAUCCUUGAUGAGGCUCAUAAUAUCAAAAAUGUCAAGACCAAAGGAGCAAUAGCUUGCUGUGAACUCAAGGGCAAAUAUCGUUGGUGUUUGACCGGAACUCCGAUGCAAGUUUUACCUUCUGGCCUUCCAAAUUUCGCUAAUGUUUGUUCUAGGCAAAACAAUGUUACAGAGCUUUACUCGUUGAUCAAAUUCCUUCGUAUUAAACCCUUAUCAAACUGGGACACCUUCAAUGAACAGAUUGCCAAGCCUGUCAAUAGUGGUCGCGGAGCAUCUCGAGCUAUGAAACGUCUGCAGGUCGUUCUGAAAUCGAUUAUGCUUCGUCGUCGAAAAGAUCAGACUAUGAAUGGAAGGGCGCUCAUUGAGCUCCCAAAGCGCAAUAUAGAGAUCAUCUCAUGCCCUUUCGACGAUGCCGAGCAGGAGUUUUAUGACUCACUUGAAUCAAAGAUGGAAAGUGUUAUUGAGAAUUUGAUGGCCAGCAGCAACAGUGGAGGAGGUAACACCUACAUCUCUGUUUUGCUGCUCUUGCUUCGGCUUCGACAAGCCUGUAAUCAUCCGAUGCUUGUGUCCAAAGAUUACAAGAACGACUCUCAAGCACUUGAACCCAAACCUGCUGAGAAAGGCAAAGAUGUGGCUGAUCCUGACGCGGACGAUGACCUUAUUGCAGCAUUCGGACAGCUGGGGGUGACUAAGAAGUGUCAGAUGUGCACCUCUGAACUUCGACCUGGAAAUAUCGGUGAAGGUGAAUGGAGUACACAUUGUCGGGAUUGUGUUCCUCUGGCAAUCAAAGCGAAACAAUCAGAGAAAGAUAGACCGUCGUCCGCCAAGAUCAGAAUGAUCCUGAAAUUACUCAAGGAGGUCGAUGAGCGUUCAAAUUGCGAAGAAAAGACUAUAAUCUUCUCGCAAUUCACAAGUAUGCUUGAUCUGAUUCAGCCCUUCUUGACCGAGAAAGGGAUUAAAUAUGUUCGCUAUGAUGGAUCUAUGAUCCCUAAGGACCGUGAAGCUGCUCUUGAGAAAAUCAAAACAAGUUCAACUACACGAGUUAUUUUGAUCUCUUUCAAAGCUGGCAGCACUGGUCUCAACCUGACUGCCUGCAAUAACGUUAUUCUAGUGGACUUGUGGUGGAACCCUGCUCUGGAGGAUCAAGCUUUUGAUCGUGCUCACCGGUUUGGGCAAAAACGCGAUGUUAAUAUAUUCAAAUUGAAGAUCGAUGGCACUGUGGAGGACAGGAUACUCCUUCUUCAAGAAAAGAAGAGAGCACUUGCGUCGGCGGCCUUGAGCGGUGACAAGAUCAAGAAUAUGCGUCUGGGUAUGGACGAUUUGCUUGCCCUGUUCCGACCUGGAGGCAAGGAUGAUGAAGAGGAAGAUUUUGAUUGA